CAUGCUGAAGUUUUUGAGCUUCUGUGCUCAUCAGUUAUCUCCUAACCCGUACGCGGCGACGUUAAUGAUGUAUCUCUUGCUUCCGCAACUGCGGCGGAUUCACCCCUGACAGGGACGACGCCAUUGAUUUUGCCAGCGAGGGAAGGUGAAAAUCACAAGUAAAAGAGAAAAGAGGGAAAGAGAGACGGAGGAGCUUAGGAUUCUCAAACAACAUGGGCGGCACUUUAUUCUCUAAUAAUAAUAAUAAUUUUAAUUAUUAAAAAAAAAAAAAAGACACGUUGACUCUUCCUAUCAAUGUGCCAUUCUUAUCGACAGAGAAGAGAACAACAAUGAGCAGUAAUCGCACGAGCAUAGGGCUGAAAAGGGGUCGAAUUGGCGGCUACGAUGGAGGAGCAGGUGAUUUCAUCGUCAUCUGAUGCGAAGAAAAGAUCUCUGUGGCCGUCGGCUCUCCGGUGGAUCCCUACCUCCACUGAUCACACCGUCGCUGCCGAGAGGCGUCUUCUGUCUCUUGUCAAGACACCCUAUACUCAAGAGCAUGUUAACAUUGGUUGUGGUCUGCCACGUUCCAAAAUAAGAUGGUUUCAAUCUACAAGCAGUAAGCCGAGGUUCAUAAAUACGGUCACUUUUGACAGCAAGGAGGGAAAUCCUACUCUUGUUAUGCUCCAUGGCUAUGGUGCUUCCUUAGGUUUUUUCUUUCGCAAUUUUGAUGCCCUUGCCAAGCAUUUCAGAGUCAUUGCCAUCGAUCUACUUGGGUGGGGUGGAUCAAGCAGGCCUGACUUCACUUGCAGAAGUACUGAAGAAACUGAGGCUUGGUUUAUUGAUUCAUUUGAGGAGUGGCGCAAAGCCAAAAACCUCAGCAACUUUAUUUUGCUUGGGCAUUCAUUUGGAGGAUAUGUUGCUGCAAAAUAUGCGCUCCAGCAUCCUCAGCAUGUUCUACAUUUGAUUCUUGUGGGACCUGCUGGCUUUACAUCAGAAAAUGAAAGCAUCCCCAAAAGGUUUAUGUUCAGAGCAAUAUGGAAAAGAGCUCUUCUGAAUCAUCUAUGGGAGUCCAAUUUUACCCCUCAGAAGCUCGUUAGAAGUUUUGGUCCAUGGGGCCCAGAUAUAGUUCGUAGGUAUACACUCGCCUCAUUUGGUGGAAAUAGAAUUGCUGAAAGUCUCAUUGAGGAGGAGUCUCAAGUAUUCACAGAUUAUAUAUACCAUGCUCAGGCAGCCAAGGCUAGUGGAGAACUGUGCCUAAAAUAUCUAUUCUCCUUUGGAGCAUUGGCUCGGAGUCCUCUUUUACAUAGGGCCUCAGAAUGGAAGGUGCCAACAACCUUUAUAUAUGGGUUUCGUGAUUGGAUGAAUUACGAAGGAGCAGUAGAAGCACGCAAGAAUAUGAAAGUUCCAUGCGAAAUUAUAAGAAUUCCUCAGGGGCGUCAUUUUGUGUUUGCACAAAAUCCAAUAGGUUUCUAUUCUGCUGUCUGCUAUGCUUGUCGUAUGUUUAUUCCACCAGACCAAAGCAAUCACUCACUUCCUGAAGGUCUACUAUGUAUGUAGUUUAGAUAUAAGAGGUAUUAUUAUUUUGUUAUUUGUUGGUGGUGGUUCUAGACUUCUAGUAAGUAUACAUUUCAUUAGCACUAGUUUAUUUACUGCAUUCAUCAUUUUUCCAAAAUGUAUUUGACCUCAAAUUUUGUUUUCUAUGAAAGUAUGGAUUUAAUCUUUUCUAUACAAAAAAAA